AUGUCAAAUCCUAGAAAACGUAGCAUUCCUAUGCGUGAUAGUAAUACCGGUCUCGAACAGUUGUUGGCUGAAGAUUCAUUUGAUGAAUCUGAUUUUUCGGAAAUAGAUGAUUCUGAUAAUUUUUCGGAUAGUGCUUUAGAAGACGAUAAGAUCAGGCCUCUGUCCCAUUUAGAAUCUGAUGGAAAGAGCUCUACAUCAAGUGACUCAGGGCGCUCCAUGAAAUGGUCAGCUCGUGCUAUGAUUCCACGUCAAAGGUAUGACUUUACCGGCACACCUGGCAGAAAAGUCGAUGUCAGUGAUAUCACUGACCCAUUGCAGUAUUUUGAACUGUUCUUUACUGAGGAAUUAGUUUCAAAAAUUACUAGAGAAACAAAUGCCCAAGCUGCCUUGUUGGCUUCAAAGCCACCGGGUCCGAAAGGAUUUUCGCGAAUGGAUAAAUGGAAAGACACUGACAAUGACGAGCUCAAAGUCUUUUUUGCAGUAAUGUUACUGCAAGGUAUUGUGCAGAAACCUGAGCUGGAGAUGUUUUGGUCAACAAGGCCUCUUUUGGAUACACCUUAUCUCAGGCAAAUUAUGACUGGUGAAAGAUUUUUACUUUUGUUUCGGUGCCUGCAUUUUGUCAACAAUUCUUCUAUAUCUGCUGGUCAAUCAAAGGCCCAGAUUUCAUUGCAGAAGAUCAAACCUGUGUUCGACUUUCUUGUAAAUAAAUUCUCAACUGUAUAUACUCCAAACAGAAACAUUGCAGUUGAUGAAUCACUGAUGCUGUUCAAGGGGCCAUUAGCUAUGAAGCAGUACCUCCCGACAAAACGAGUACGAUUUGGUCUGAAGCUAUAUGUACUUUGUGAAAGUCAGUCUGGUUAUGUGUGGAAUGCGCUUGUUCACACAGGGCCUGGCAUGAAUUUGAAAGAUUCAGCCGAUGGCCUGAAAUCAUCACGCAUUGUUCUUACCUUGGUCAAUGACCUUCUUGGCCAAGGGUAUUGUGUCUUCCUCGAUAACUUUAAUAUAUCUCCCAUGCUUUUCAGAGAAUUACAUCAAAAUAGGACUGAUGCAGUUGGGACAGCUCAUUUGAACAGAAAACAGAUUCCAAAUGAUCUGAAAAAAAGGAUUGCAAAGGGGACGACUGUAGCCAGAUUCUGUGGUGAACUUAUGGCACUGAAAUGGUGUGACGGCAAGGAGGUGACAAUGUUGUCAACAUUCCACAAUGAUACUGUGAUUGAAGUAAACAAUAGAAAUGGAAAGAAAACUAAAAGGCCACGUGUCAUUGUGGAUUAUAACGAGAAUAUGGGAGCAGUGGACUCGGCUGAUCAAAUGCUUACUUCUUAUCCAUCUGAGCGCAAAAGACACAAGGUUUGGUAUAAGAAAUUCUUUCACCAUCUUCUACACAUUACAGUGCUGAACUCCUACAUCCUGUUCAAGAAGGAUAAUCCUGAGCACACGAUGAGCCAUAUAAACUUCAGACUGGCAUUGAUUGAAAGAAUGCUGGAAAAGCAUCACAAGCCAGGGCAGCAACAUCUUCGAGGUCGUCCGUGCUCCGAUGAUGUCACACCUCUUCGUCUGUCUGGAAGACAUUUCCCCAAGAGCAUACCAGCAACGUCCGGGAAACAGAAUCCAACUGGUCGCUGCAAAAUUUGCUGCUCCCAAUACGACAAGGAUGGCAAGAAGAUCCGGAAAGAAACGCGCUAUUUUUGUGCCCAAUGUGAUGUUCCGCUUUGUGUUGUUCCAUGCUUUGAAAUUUACCACACGAAAAAAAAUUAUUAAAUACCGAGCAUCAUACACAUCUGUUCCAUUAGGAUUAGAGACAAGUUCUGUUUAGAAAUAACUCCAAGAUUGGGAGGCCGACCUGGGUGGAUCACCUGAGAUCAGGAAUUCAAGACCAGCCUGGCCAACAUGGUGAAACCCUGUCUCUACUAAAAAUACAACAAUUAGCUGGAUGUGGUGGCACAUGCCUGUAAUCCAAGCUACUUGGGAGGCUGAGGCAGGAGAAUUGCUUGAACCCAUGAGGCGGAGGUUGCAGUGAGCUGAGAUCACACCACUGCACUCCAGCCUGGGUGACAUAGCGAGACUCCAUCUCAAAAAAAAGAAAUAACCCCAAGAACAGUUUUGUUGUUUUUGUUUUGUUUUGUUUUGUUUUGAGACGGAGUUUCACUCUUGUUGCCCAGGCUGGAGUGCAAUGGCAUGAUCUUGGCUCACUGUAACCUCCACCUCCCAGGUUCAAGCGAUUCUCCUGCCUCAGCCUCCCUAGUAGCUGGGAUUACAGGCAUGUGCCACCACACCCACUUAAUUUUGCAUUUUUAGUAGAGACUGGGUUUAUCCAUGUUGGUCAGGCUAGUCUUGACCUCCCGACCUCAGGUGAUCCGCCCAUCUGGGCCUCACAAAGUCCUGGGAUUAUAGGCGUGAGCCACUGCGCCUAGCACCAAGAACAGUUUUUAUAUUUUAUUUUCACAUUGAAAAUCAGUCAGAUUUGCUUCAGCCUCAAAGAGGGUGUUUAUGUAAAACUAAAUGAGUGCAGGCAGCGAGCUACACUUUUUUUUUUUCCUAAAUGGAAAAUGGGAAGGAGAUACUGUCUCUGAACAAAAAUAGAUGGAAAAACACAUAACUGUUAACUAAGGGUUGCCUCUAGUGAAAAGGAUUGGAAGACAAUUUAUCUGAUGCUACACUAUUCUUCCUGUUGUGAUUGUUUUACUGUGAACAUAACAAGGUUGUAUUGGGGAGGAGGGCAGGGGUUGAUUGCUGCCAAUGUUGAUUGCUGAGGCCUUAGCCAAGAUUUCAGGCAUCAUUUGCUCCAGCCCUUUCAUUUUCUUUAUGGUGGAAAGUGAAGUGACUUGCCCAAGAUCUUUGUUGGCCCUAAACAUCGCUGUCUCUGCUACAGAUUCCUAUUGAGAGCAAUGCAUGUUUUAGCCUUGUGCACUCUUAGAGUCAGCAUCAUGGGAAAGAGUAACAGCAAUUGAAAAAAGAGAUUCAAGAGCCAAGUACUCAGCCCUGGCAGGGGAUGGGGACAUGAUGCCCAGAGCCACCCCUAUACUCCAGUCUCCCAGGCAUCAGCUACUGCAGUACUGGGGUACUUGCCCUCAUCUUUUUUCUGAAGAUAGUUACUUCUUCAUAUUUGAUCGUCGGAAGGAGCAGCAUUGCUCAGAAACACACACACACACACACACACACUUGACUUUCUUGUCCGCCAAAUAAAUUUCUUAUUUGCUAGGGAACUGGUAAUCUAGGCUCAAGAAGUGUGUGGAGAAGGUUUAUUUUCAUUCUUUUUACUUUAAAAUAUGCCUUAGUUUUUGAAUAGAUAAGACAUUCAAGUGUCAGAAAGUAAAAGUCAGUUCAGGACCGAGAAAGGAAAGAUCAGUGCUGAUUUUAAUCAGACUGUAAUGUACCAACUAGAUACAGACAGGGCCAGUGGCAAGGCCAUCAGAAAACUUCUUCCCAAGGCCACACCACACCUGCAAAAUGCCUAACAACCUUCUUCUUUUCAGUGAUUACCACUUUCUUACCAAUGACUUUGCUUUGUUCCUCGUGCCUCUGAACAGACUGCUGAGAUACCCAAUCCAGAGCCAAUCCUUGCUUCCCUAGACUCUCCUCAAUCAUUCAACAGAAGCCCAAAUCUUGUAAAAGUUCCUUUCUGGGCCGGGCACAGUGGCUCACGCCUGUAAUCCCAGCACUUUGGAAGGCCGAGACGGGCGAAUCACGAGGUCAGGAGUUUGAGACUAGCCUGGCCAACAUGGUGAAACCCUGUCUCUACUAAAAAUACAAAAAAAAAUUAGCUGGGCAUAGUGGUGGGUGCCUGUAAUCCCAGCUACUUGGGAGGCUGAGACAGGAGAAUCACUUGAACCCGGGAGGCAGAGGUUGCAGUGAGCCAAGAUCGCACCACUGCACUCCAGCCCUGGCGACAGAGUGAGACUCCAUCUCAAAAAAUAAAAAAGUUUCCUUCUGUUCCCUCGUACUGUUAUAUCCUUGGUUUCUCUGGUGUGGGGUCUUCCUUACAGCAGCAAGCUCAUAAACUUAACUUGACCGCAGGUGUGUUCCUUGGUGGUCUUUAUCUGAUAGACUUUGUCACAUGGUACAAUAUUCCAAAGGCACAUGGUACAAUAUUCAAAAGGUAUGAGUAUACAAAAAAAAUCUCCCACCUACUUCUCUCCCUAGUCACCCAAUUCUCAAGAGGCAAUCAGUGUUGCCAUUUUCCUGAGUAUUCUUCCACAGAUAGUCAACUAUCUACAGAAAAAUAUAUACAUUAAAAAUAAGGCCAGGUACAGUGGCAUGCCUGUAGUCCCAGCUAUUCAGGAGGUUGAAGCAGGAGGAUCACUUGAGGCCAGGAGGGCCAGGAAUUUGAAGCUGUAGUGUGCUAUGAUGGCAGGCCUGUGAAUAGCCAUUGCACUCCAUCCUGGGCAACAUAGCCAGACCCUGUCUCUUAAAAAAAAAAAAAAAAAAAAAGACAAAAAAACAAA